ACAUGUCCGAGGUGUACACCACCAACACCAUUGCACCUCUGCUGCUGGGCCAGGCAUUCCUGCCGCUGCUGAAGAAGGCAGCCCAAGGCAGCCCAGGCUCGGGGAUGAGCUGCAGCAAGGCAGCCAUUGUCAACAUUUCCAGCAUUGGAGGAUCUAUCAAAGAAAUGUAUUUAUGGGAAGCCAUACAAGCUGUCUGUUAUCGCUGCAGCAAGGCUGCUCAGAACAUGCUCACCAGGUGCCAGUCCAUGGGGUACCGAGAACACGGCAUAUUCUGUGUUGCUCUUCAUCCCGGAUGGGUGCAAACAGACAUGGGGGUCACAGCUGGAUACACGGCCCCGCUGACGGUGGAUGCCAGCGUAGGAGGGAUGCUGAAGGUGCUCUCCAAGCUCUCCGAGAAGGACAGCGGGACCUUCCUGGACUGGGAAGGGAACGUUGUGGCCUGGUGAGGUGCUGGCCUGACCUCGUACCUGGAUCCUGGCAGUGGCCCCUCUGCUGCCGUCCCCCUCAAUAAAACCAUAUCUGAGAACAGCAAGGCUGCUGACUCUGUGACCACAACAGGUUCCGAUGCACACUGACAGCCAUGUAGGGCAGCCCCUUCCCACGGGCUCCCACUCCUCAUCCAUGAGCAUCAGAAGAGACUGCUCCCAACCAUAGCUGCUGAGAGAUAUCCCCUCAAGUGACAGCUGUCACUGCUGGAAAUGUCCCUCUUUGGAGUUAAGGGCUUUGGGCCACUGUCCAUCUUAAAGGAGGUGGGCUGCCCAGGGCUUGUGGAAGCACGAGUGUAGUGGCAGCACAGGAUCUGUCCAGGAAGGGCUCCCCAUGAGGGAACAGGUGGUUGGGGACACAGAGUAAGGCAGAGAUGGAGUGAAGGGCUCUGCAUCACCACACAUAGGGUGGGAAACAGGAAGAAGAUACUGCCCAUAUCCAUGGGUGGGCAGGGUCUGCUGGGUGCAUCUGGGCAAGAGGGAGAUAUUUUCCAGUAAGAAGGGCUGUGGAGGUGGGAAAUGGGGCUUUGCUCUGCAGAAAACUAGGGCAUUGCCUGUUCUGGCCAUGUGAGUGCUUGCACUUCAAUUACCAUGUACGAGAUGGGUGUCCUAGGGCAGGUGGAGGGUCCCGUGAUCCACCCUCCAUGGGCAAACAUCACCAAAUCAUCCCCUGCCCCCUCAUCUUGCUGCCACAGUAUGGGAAUAUGGGGGCUUCCAGCACCCCGUGGCACCACCCAAUGGAGAAUGCUUUGGCAGUCACAUUGAUUUCUACAGCACAUCCCUGUGUCCUACGUCCUUUGCUGCCUAAGAAUCAGAGAUAAGAAGGAGGUUUGACUCACGAUAGGGGAUAUGGGAAUCACAAUUGUUUGAGAAGACCUUCAAGUUCACAAGUCCAACCUGAUUUACCAAAUCCAAUCACUAAACUGUGUCCCCAAGAGACACAUCCACACAUCUCCUUAAUAUGGAAUGAAAGUGAUGGGGAAUCCACC